CCGCGAUUCUCUUCUCUUUGCCUCAUUCCUUCCCUCCCUCCUCCUCCCGGCCGCCUUCCGAGGGCUGUGCCGGCGUGGUUCUCCCGCCGCCAGCCGACCCUUGCUUCCCGUCUCGCAAUUUGUGAAUUUCAGGUUUAAUUUGGCCAUUUUGUUCAUUGGUUGACUGAAUGAAUUGAGGGGCAGGAUUCCCUUGGAUUGAUGUAGGGAUGCAGAGAUCACGGAGGGCUUUUCUGCAAAGAAGAGCUUCUUUAGAGAAGGAUACCGGUGGGAAGAAUCGGUUGUACAAGCUUUCUUUGUCUUUGGUUCUUCUUUUGUGGGGGCUUGUUUUCCUAUCAAGUCUGUGGAUCAGCCAAAGUGAUGGAUAUAGAGAUGAAUCUACAGAAACUUCACAGGAUGUGGGAGUAUCGACUUGGACAGAAGAGAAACUUCAAAAUAGAAAGAAUUAUGAUUCAGUACAUAAAGAAGUCAAUGAGCAUUCUGACGAGACUUCAUGCACAUAUCCUGCUGCAAGGAAAGAUCCGGAUGAGGUUAUUGCUGAAGAUAACAGCAAUUAUGGAAUCGAUCUUCGCCAUCAGGGGGAAACCCGUGGUGGGAGACCAGGAGAUAUAGGUCCAAAGAACGAUCGCCUCUCGCGAGUUGUCACUCUUGGGCUUGAUGAAUUCAAAAGCCGAGCUUUCAGCUCCAAAACCAAAACAGGAACUGGUAAAAUUGUACAUAGAAUGGAGCCGGGAGGGAAGGAGUACAACUAUGCUUCAGCUUCAAAAGGAGCAAAAGUCUUGACCUUUAACAAGGAAGCCAAAGGGGCCUCAAACAUCCUAAUGAGAGAUAAGGAUAAGUACCUCCGCAAUCCGUGUUCUGCAGAAGAGAAGUAUGUCCUAAUCGAGCUCUCAGAAGAAACUUUAGUAGAUACUAUAGAGAUUGCGAAUUUCGAGCAUUACUCAUCGAAUCUGAAGGAUUUCGAGGUGCUUGGUAGCUUGGUUUAUCCAACUUCAGAAUGGGUGAAGCUGGGGAACUUUACAACUGCCAAUGUGAAGCAGGCGAGAAGGUUUGUGCUUCCAGAGCACAAAUGGGUGAGAUAUCUGAAAUUGAAUCUUCUGAGCCAUUAUGGAUCUGAGUUCUAUUGUACGCUUAGCCUUUUCGAGGUUUAUGGGGUUGAUGCUGUUGAGAAAAUGCUGGAGGAUUUGGUAUCAGUGCAUCAGAAGGUUUUUGUGCACGGUGAGGAGGGUACUGCUGAGCAAAAAUCAUCGGUACACUCGCAGGGGGUUGACGAUCAUCGUCAUCAGGACACUUUUAAAGAAGAUGAGCCUGAGUUUUUGUCAGUCGAAACUCCUGAUUCGAAAACCCAAGUGGCUACUGAUAUGGUCGAAGGAAUUCCUUAUCAUCAAGCUGGGAGGAGUAAUGGUGACAGCGCACUAAAAAUACUGAUGCAGAAAGCCCGUUCGCUCGACCUAAGCCUCUCCAUCUUGGAACGGUAUGUUGAGGAAGUUAACUCCAGGUAUGGCAAUAUUUUCCAAGAGUUCGACAAAGAUAUAGCACAGAAAACUUUGCUUCUGGAGAAGAUCAAACACGACGUAAAGAGUCUCCAUGACAGCCAGCAACUUAUGGCAAGUGGCUCUUCUGCUGGAGAGGUUAACGAUCUUGUUUCUUGGAAGUCUCUUCUUACAACGAAAAUGGAUCAUAUCCUGAAGGACAACCUUGAUCUCAGAACGAGGAUUGAGAAGGUUGGGGAGAAUCAAGUGUGGCUGGAGAACAAGGGUAUAGUCGUGUUCUCAGUGUGCUUGGUUUUCGGGCUGGUAGCAAUUUUGAGGGUGUUAGUAGAGAUGUUACUGAUGACGGUAUUUAGCGACGGUUUGUCCUGGAAAUUUUCCAGUUUGAGCUGCUCUUCCUGGAUGGUAUUGCUCCUGAGCUGUAGCAUUAUAAUUUUGAUACUCUCGCUAUAGUUCUUUCGCACAGCAUCGGUUACAGUUUUUCUUCUGAUAUAGAGGGGUAAUAUAGAGGAGAUAGACCACAACGGAAAAAGGGACUACAGAGUAACUUCUUGUUAUUUAUCUUACAGUUAUUAUAGUGGACGCAGUUUACUUUAUACAUGGUGAAAGUGUCAGUAUUACUGCUAGCUAGUUAAGGGC